AUGGUGAAGGUUGGCAUCAAUGGGUUCGGCCGCAUUGGGCGCUUGGUCUUCCGUGCAGCCCAGGCACACCCUGACAUGGAAGUCGUGGCGAUCAAUGACCCCUUCAUCGACAUUGCCUAUGCGAAGUACAUGCUCAAGUACGACUCCACCCACGGCCGCUUUGAGGGGGACAUCACCGGAGCAGAGGACGAAUUCAUAGUGAAGGGCAAGAAGGUGACUGUGUUCCAAAGCAUGAAGGCGGACGAAAUCCCAUGGGGCGAGGCCGGCGCAGAGUACAUUGUGGAGUCCACCGGUGUCUUCACAGAUCUGGCCAAGGCCGGUGCACAUCUCAAGGGCGGCGCCAAGAAGGUCAUCAUCUCUGCCCCGUCAGCCGAUGCACCGAUGUUUGUGAUGGGCGUGAAUGAGACGAAAUAUGACCCCAAGACCAUGAAUGUCAUCUCCAACGCCUCAUGCACAACAAACUGCCUGGCACCUCUGGUGAAGGUCGUCCACAACAAAUUCGGCAUCAAGGAGGGUUUGAUGACGACUGUGCACGCCACGACGGCCACUCAGAAGACAGUAGAUGGCCCGUCCAAGAAGGAUUGGCGUGGCGGCCGCAGCGCAAGCACCAACAUCAUCCCAUCCUCCACCGGAGCAGCCAAAGCCGUAGGCAAGGUCUUCCCGGCCCUCAACGGCAAAUUGACAGGCAUGGCUUUCAGGGUGCCCACAACAGAUGUGUCUGUGGUUGAUCUGACCUGUGUCCUGGAGAAGGAGGCCACCUAUGCCGAGAUCAUGGCAGCGCUCAAGGCAGCCUCUGAGAAUGAGCUCAAGGGCAUCGUGGGCUACACAGAAGAGCAGGUUGUCUCAAGCGACUUCAUCACAGACACCCACUCCUCUAUUGUGGACGCAAAGGCAGGCAUUCAACUGUCACCGACAUUUGUCAAGCUGAUCUCCUGGUACGACAAUGAGAUGGGCUACAGCACAAGGGUGUGCGACCUGAUCCGCUACAUUUCUGCCCGCGACGCAGAGUAGGCUUGAUCAUGUCAGAAGGCUGCAGCUCCACGGCUGCAGCUCUAGGGUGAAGCAUCAACUAGGUGUCUUCUGGUGUAGGUUUCCUGCUGGUUCUCAUUUGUGUGUGUUGUUCAGGAGUUUGGGUUGUAAAUGAGCUUCUCACUUGGCUGGAUCUUCUGGCAAACGAGCGUCAAGUAACUAGGUGGUAGAGAGUCUUAGCUUGGUCUGCAGAAUGGAGUUCUGAGAAUGCAUGCUUUGUCCAGAAGCCUUUGAUUUCCUACUGAAGUUGGUCAUAACAAUUGUACCAUGUGGCAUGGUGUCAUGUUAAGGUUUGCAACUGCAGCUGCAGAUUCGUGCAGGUAACACUAGGGUCACUGACAAUGGCAUUUGCAAGAAUAGUGCUUUAGCUUGGUAAUUUCUGCAUCAAUCGAUUUAAUACAGCGGGUUGAGAUGG